AUGAUGAGGGGACACGGCGGCCAGCAGGGCCAGGGUCAACCUGAGGGGGAAAUGGUGGAAAUCGACGUUCUUCAAGGCCAUCACCACCCUCACCAGCACCAAUAUCAGCCGCCGUACCAGAACGGCCAGCAGCAGAACCAGUACCAAGAACAAUACCAGGAGUACUCGCAGAACCCGUACGACAACAGUCACAACGGCCACAACCCGUACGAGACCGAUCCCAGCUACGCCGGCCAGGAGGCCUACGGACGCGCCCUGACGAACAACGCGAACUCGCCGUACCAGCAGCAGCAGGACCAGUUUCAUCAGCAGCAGCAACAGCAGCAGUACCAGCAGCCGCACGCCGUUUCCGCCGGGGACGACUACGGCCCUCCCGGCUGGGCGAAUCGUCACUCGAUAGGCAUGGCCGGCGCACCUUCGAUCGGCCCGUCCAUCUCUGGCAUGGACACGCCCGUCGACUCGAGAGCAGCGACGCCGACGCUCAAGAGCGGCAUGCAGACGCCGUUCGACGGCGACCAUCUGCCUCCGCCGAGGCAUCCGUGGUCGACGGAUUCCACGCCCAACAGCCCAAUGAACCAGAGCCAUCAGAGCUUGCAGAACCUCCUGCCCGGCCAGGCCUCUCCCGUGCUCGCCAAGGAAUGGGUCGAGGGCAGCGACCAGAUCGCGCGGCUUCACAAGCGUGACGACUCGGACAUCUGGAAGGGCUGGAAGAGGCACGUCUUCCGGCUGGUGCCGCUGCUGACGAUCCUCGCGACGGGCAUGUACCUCGUCUACCUGGGCCUCCGCAUCUACUGCGUCAUCUCGGCGCAGAACCUGGCCAAGGAGAUCUACGCGCAGGCCUGGGUCUUCAUCGCCGUCGAGGUCGCCGUCGCCAUCCCGUCCAUCAUGCACAACAUCUGGACCAUGUGGUCGAUGAAGAAGCGCCAGCGCCCCAAGUUGAGGCUCAUGGGCGACGAGGUGCCCACCGUCGACGUGCUGCUGACGUGCUGCGGCGAGGAAGACGACCUGGUGCUCGACACGGCCCGCGCCGCCUGCGACGUCGACUACCCGCGGGACCGCUUCCGCGUCAUCAUCUGCGACGACGGCAAGUCCUCCGGACUCGAGGCCGGCAUCGCCGCCCUGGCCAUGACCUACCCCAACGUCUUCUACCUGGCCCGGCCCAAGUAUCCCGGCGUGCCUCACCACUUCAAGGCCGGUAACCUCAACUACGCCCUCGACUACGUCCACACGAUGCCCGGCGGUGCUGGCCAGUUUAUGGCUGCUCUCGACGCUGAUAUGAUCCCCGAGCGCGACUGGCUCCGUGCCAUCCUGCCUCACAUGCUCAUCGACCCCAAGGUGGCCCUCGCGUGCCCCCCGCAGCUGUUCUACAACACGCCGCCGUCCGACCCCUUGGCGCAGUCGCUCGACUUCUUCGUCCACGUCAUCGAGCCCAUCAAGGACGCGCUCGGCGUCGCCUGGUGCACCGGUUCCGGCUACUGCGUCCGCCGCGAGGCCCUCGACGAGAUCGGCAACUUCCCGCUCGGCUCCCUCGCCGAGGACGUGGCCACGUCGACGCUGAUGCUCGGCAAGGGCUGGAAGACGGCCUACAUCCACGAGCCCCUCCAGUUCGGCACCGUCCCCGAGGACUACGGCGGCCACCUCAAGCAGCGCACCCGCUGGGCCAUCGGCACCGUCGACACAUCGUUCAAGCUCAACUUCUGCCUGUACGGCGAGAAGGUCAAGCAGAUGACGACGGCCCAGCGCUUCUCGGGCUUCCUGUACGCGACGCUGUCCCUGUACACGAUCCUCCUGACUCUGUCCAUGUUCGCCAUCCCCAUCAUCCUCGUCAUGGGCAAGCCGCUGGUGGCCUACGCCAACUACGAGCAGCUCCGCUGGCUGAUCCGCGCGUGCUUCGCCGCCACCAUCACCAACCGCCUCUGCGAGUUCGCCCUCUUCAUCCCGGCGGGCUACCACACCGGGCAGCGCGGGUCGCGCUACCAGCUCUGGAUGUCGCCCUACAUCGCCCUCUGCAUCAUCCGGUCCUUCAUCCUGCCGACCUGGCUCGGCGGCCAGACGCAGGCCUUCAAGCCCACCGGCUCGCUCGGGUCCGCCCUCAACGAGCGCGACCCCAAGACGCGCAAGGGCAUGCUCCGCCGCCUCUGGGGCGUGCUCAUCAACUACAUGGCCAUCUUCCACCUCGCCUUCGUCUACCUGACCCUCGUCGGCGUCGUGCUGACGUCGUACCGCUGCUUCUACGUCAACGACGACCUGCGCGACACCCUCAUGUGCCUCAUCACCCACGCCUUCUGGCCGCCCCUGACCUUCAUCUUCAUCUGCAGCUCGCUCUGGACCCCCAUCGCCUACGCCAUCGACCCGCCCAACAUGCCCGAGCGCGAGCAGCUGCUCGACCGCGACCCCAAGACCUUUGUCGCUCACCCGUCCAAGCAGAGCAAGAAGAUCGCCUUUGGCGGCCAGGCCGCCUGGUUCGAGACCGAGCUGACCGUCACCACGGGCUACACCAUCCUCGUCUUUGUGCUCUCAUUCAUCUAUUAA